CCUAAAUGUCACUAAAAAUCACAUUAUUUUCUUCCCCUUCUUAUAUGAUCAAUUCUUGAAGACAAUUAUGUUCUUUUCAAGAGAAAAUUAAGGGUUUUUGAAGAUGAUUCAAGGGACAACAAGUAGUACUCCAUGUUUCCCUAAUGGUACUAAUCCACAAAACUUACCAUUAUAUGCACCUAUUCAUCAUCAUAAUAUUCAAGAAGAUGUGUUUUCUUCUUGUUCUUCUUCUCUAGUCUAUAAUUCUCAUCAACCAAAUUCUUUUCUUUUCAAUUUAUCCCUUCUCAAAGAGAAGGUUCAUCAAGUUCAAUCACUUGCCACCAUGUUUAUUUCUCCAGAUAAUCAAACGAUAAUCCACCAACCACCUGAGUCAAUGUCUGUGGCCAUCGCGAAUAUGGGAACUUUGAUCCAAGAAAUCAUCACGAUUGCUUCUUCUCUCAUGUUUUCUUGCCAAAAUAUGGCCCUUGACCCCAGUUCAGUCAGCCAGAAUUCAAGUAGAUUUCUCGAACCAUCCCAAAUCAAGAUUCAAGAUGAUGGUCAUGGUCAACUUGAUCAUUUUCUUCAAGGUUAUUUUUGGUAUGAAGAGAAUUACAAUUCCUGUAACACACAUGAAGAUAUCAAAAAUCAUAGUAGUACUAAUAAUAAUAUUGCCACUAUUAGUCAUGAUCAUAAUAAUAAAUUAUUGAGUAGUAGUACUACAAACGGGAAAGUUGUGAAUGAAGAAAAUUAUGAUAUUAUUGAGUUGGAUGCAGCUGAUUUAUUGGCAAAGUACACACACUAUUGCCAAGUUUGUGGGAAAGGGUUUAAAAGGGAUGCAAAUUUGAGAAUGCAUAUGAGGGCUCAUGGAGAUGAAUACAAGUCUAGUGCUGCAUUGAGUAAUCCCUUGAAGAAGAACAGUGAUUUAACAAAUGAUGAAAUGUCAAAAUUGAGUAAAAUUAAAUAUUCUUGCCCACAAGAAGGUUGCAGGUGGAACCGGAGACACGUCAAAUUUCAGCCAUUGAAAUCAAUGGUGUGUGUCAAGAAUCACUACAAGAGAAGCCAUUGUCCUAAAAUGUAUGUUUGCAAGAGAUGCAGCAAGAAGAAUUUCUCUGUGUUGUCUGAUCUUAGAACUCAUGAGAAGCAUUGUGGUGACUUGAAAUGGCAGUGCUCAUGUGGUACUACUUUUUCAAGAAAAGAUAAGCUAAUGGGACAUGUUUCUUUGUUUGUUGGACACACUCAACUUAUUGUAAACUCAUUGCCUAAGAAAGAAGGUCUUGGCUAGCUUGCUAGUAGAUUUAAGUGCUUAGUUGUUCUCUAAUUUAACUUCUUGUUGUAAAAUGUUGAUGUUCUCUGAAUUUUGAUCUGCACUUGUGAUAUAUGAUAAAUAGUGGAGUAGUAGUAUAUAGCGUUGUAACCUUAUAUUGAAACUCUA